AUGGCGUCCUCUACCACUGUGCCUCUAGGGUCUCGCUAUGAAACACAGUGUGUCGCCCUCAGCUACUUGGGAGUCCCCUCUCAGGAGAAGCUGCGAGAGCAAGAUCUUUCCUCACCCCAAGGGGUUCGACAAGAUACGGCCUCUCAAUCUCUGGAUCAAGAAAUUUUAUUAAAAGUUAAAACUGCAAUUGAAGAAGAGCUAAAAUCCCCGGACGAAGAAAUUUCUGAAGCCUUCGCCAGCACAGGCUUCACCGGGCACUCUGCCGUGUUCAGCCCCACAAGCCCCGACAGCUCCGCAGAGGACGGCCUGGCCCGCCUGGGGGAGAAGGCGCCGCCGGAGCUGAGGGCGUCUCUGCGCGCGGCCUCGCAGACGCCCCUCAGCCGGACGCUGAAGCUCUUCAGCACGUGGGGAUGCACACCGGAGACCACAGUUCACGCCGGCGGCCGGAAUGAGACGCUGGUGCCUCCGAUUCUGCCACGACCAGUGCCCCUGGGGUGGACAAGGCGAGCUCAGGAACCUGGGGCGCAUCGCGGCAGUCUGGUGCGGCUCUCCCGGGGGCCGCCGCCGCCGAGCGCACCACGCAGCAGGCUGGCGAGGGCCCUGCCUUUAACCAGGAGUCCGCGGAGGAGGCCGAGGAGCGCCCCGCGCAGGGCAGCAACGCCACGGACACCCCGCCCAGAGGCGGCCCCGGCGCCCGCCACGGCGCCCUGGCGGGCCGAGGGCUUCCCCGCGUCGCCGUGCGGCAGCCAGAGCUGGCGCACCGAGGGCCCAUCGGUGUCCCCCGAGUCCUGGCGGCAGGUCGCGGUGGAGCCCGAAGAGGUCGGGAGCUUGGACCGCAACGGCGCCGGAGGGCAGAGCGAGAGCAAGUCCCCCAGCUCGGAGCUCGCGCACGUGGAGAAGGAGGGGGUUCCGAGGGCGCGGAGGCGGCGGCCCCGCCCUGAGCGCGGCCACGACAAAGGCGGCCCGCCGCCCCAGGGCAAGGCCCUCCCGCCCGGCGGAGGGGCAGCCGCCGUCGCCAUCCUGGCGGCGACAGUUGGGGUGGCACUGGCUCCGAGAAGGAAGUAG